GUGGGAAUUGGGGAACAAGUUUGGGAAAUUCUCAAUGGUUGUGAAUAAAUUGAAGCAUAAAAAGAGGGCAAGAACUCUGAGAAGUUGUUGUGUUUCUGCUGCUUUUGAGCAUGCUCAUGAAUCUGAAUCCAAUGCUAAUGAUUCAAAGAAGCUUUGGAUUUCUCUUUCUAAAAAGCUCAAUGCUUUUUAUCUUUUUAUUAGGCCACACACCAUCCUUGGAACUAUUGUAGGCAUAACAUCAGUGUCUCUUCUCCCAUUAGAGAGUGUUGCUGAUUUUUCUCUGACAUUCUUAAUUGGAUUGAUUAAGGCUUUGGUUCCAGCUCUUCUUAUGAACAUCUAUGUUGUGGGAUUAAAUCAGAUUUUCGAUGUUGAGAUUGAUAAGAUAAACAAACCUAAUCUCCCGCUUGCUUCCGGGGAAUUUUCUAUGAGUAAAGGAGUAUUGAUUGUAGUGGCUUGUGGAAUCUUGAGCUUUGCUAUAGGAUGGAAGUCUCGGUCACCACCAGUUCUUUUUGCACUUUGCAUCAGUUUUUUGCUCGGAAGUGUGUAUUCUAUUGAUCUUCCAUUUCUUCGAUGGAAAAGAUAUGCAUUCCUUGCUGCAUCAUGCAUCUUAUGUGUUAGAGCUAUCUUAGUACAAAUAGCCUUUUUUCUGCAUAUGCAGAGGUAUGUGCUAGGAAAGCCGGUAGUGUUAACAAAAUCGGUGUUAUUUGCCACUGCAUUCAUGUGUUUCUUCUCCGUGGUUAUUGCAUUGUUCAAGGAUAUUCCCGACAUCGAUGGGGACAGAGAUUUCGGCAUUCAGUCCUUCACUGUUCGCUUAGGCCAAGAAAGAGUGUUUUGGCUUUGUAUUAAAUUGUUAUUGACGGCAUACCUGGCAGCGAUGUUUGUAGGGGCUUCUUCUUCGAACAUGUACAAGAAGUUCGUUACGGUAAUUGGUCAUGGAUUACUAGCCUCUGUUCUUUGGUUCAAUGCUUGCUCUCUUGAUCUCAAGAAGAAGUCAUCGAUAACAUCGUUCUAUAUGUUAAUUUGGAAGUUAUUUUAUGCUGAAUACUUCCUAAUCCCUUUUGUACAAUGAAUCAUUCAAGGAAGAAAUUUCAGGAAUUGAAAGUCUUGAAGCUAAUGAAGAUGAAAAUUUAGUAGUUGAAUCAAGUAGGCUGCAUGUAUUGAAGAAAUGGGUGUAUGUGGUGAUAUUGUAAUAAUGUAAUUUUAUUUCUUUAUCUUUUUCAUGAAUAUUGAAGUCAAUUAAGAGUUAACA